AUGUCGACCACCGAGCGGACCUUCAUUGCCAUCAAGCCGGACGGCGUCCAGCGCGGCCUCGUUGGCAACAUCAUCUCGCGCUUCGAGACCCGCGGCUUCAAGCUCGUCGCCCUGAAGCUCGUCACUCCCGGCAAGGAGCACCUCGAGAAGCACUAUGCCGACCUGUCGUCAAAGCCUUUCUUCAAGGGCCUCGUUGAGUACAUGAACAGCGGCCCGAUCGUCGCCAUGGUUUGGGAGGGUCUUGAUGCCGUCAAGACCGGCCGCGCCAUGCUCGGUGCCACCAACCCCCUCGCGUCUGCUCCGGGUACCAUCCGCGGCGACUUCUGCCUGCAAAUGGGCCGCAACGUCUGCCACGGCUCGGACAGCGUCGAAAGCGCCAACAAGGAGAUUGCUCUGUGGUUCAAGGAGGAGGAGCUCCUCAGCUGGCAGUCCGCCCAGCAGGCCUGGCUCUACGAGUAA